UCCCCUCCCGUCCCGUCCUGUGCAGAUCGGGGGGUCGAGGUGGAGGCAUGUAGCACCUGGAGCUCCGCGCACAUCGCACCGCCUCCUCCUCCUCCUCCUCCUCCUCCUCCUCGGCGUCGCCCGCUCGAGCAUUUCCGGGGAUUAUUCAGAUUCUGAUGGUUGUCGGUGUCGGAGGAGUGUGUCUGCUGAAGGGGGUUUCUCUCGGUCGAUGGUCGUUGAGGAAGCUUCCAUCUACAGAACCAUGGCGAGCGACUCCCCGGCGCGGAGUCUGGACGAGAUAGACCUGUCUGCACUCCGGGACCCCGCUGGCAUCUUCGAGCUGGUCGAACUGGUUGGAAAUGGAACCUAUGGGCAGGUCUACAAGGGUCGCCAUGUCAAAACAGGUCAGCUCGCUGCCAUCAAGGUCAUGGACGUCACAGGCGAUGAGGAGGAGGAGAUUAAAGCAGAGAUCAACAUGUUGAAGAAGUACAGCCACCACAGGAACAUCGCGACCUACUACGGAGCCUUCGUCAAGAAGAACCCUCCAGGGAUGGACGACCAGCUCUGGCUGGUGAUGGAGUUCUGUGGCGCCGGCUCCAUAACAGAUCUGAUCAAAAACACCAAGGGGAACUCCCUGAAGGAGGAGUGGAUCGCCUACGUCUGCAGAGAGAUCCUCAGGGGUCUGACUCACCUCCACCAGCACAAGGUCAUUCACAGGGACAUCAAGGGUCAGAACGUGUUGCUGACGGAGAAUGCAGAGGUCAAACUAGUCGACUUUGGUGUGAGCGCUCAGCUGGAUCGCACGGUGGGACGGCGGAACACGUUCAUCGGGACGCCGUAUUGGAUGGCGCCGGAGGUCAUCGCCUGUGACGAGAACCCCGACGCCACCUACGACUUCAAGAGCGAUCUGUGGUCGCUCGGCAUCACGGCGAUGGAGAUGGCGGAGGGAGCGCCGCCUCUGUGUGACAUGCAUCCGAUGCGAGCGCUCUUCCUCAUCCCCAGAAACCCCGCCCCCAGACUCAAGUCUAAGAAGUGGUCGAAGAAGUUCCAGUCUUUCAUCGAGAGCUGCCUGGUGAAGAGCCACGGCCAGCGGCCGAGCACCGAGCAGCUCCUCAAGCACCCGUUCAUCCGGGACCUUCCCAACGAGCGGCAGGUCCGCAUCCAGCUGAAGGACCACAUCGACCGCACCAAGAAGAGGAGGGGGGAGCGGGAUGAGACGGAGUACGAGUACAGUGGCAGCGAGGAGGAGGAUGAAGAACGAGACAUUGGAGAACCCAGCUCCAUCAUCAACAUCCCCGGGGAGUCCACGCUGCGGCGGGACUUCCUGCGUCUGCAGCUCGCCAACAAGGAGCGGUCGGAGCUGAUCCGGCGCCAGCAGCUGGAGCAGCAGCAGAACGAGGAGCACAAGCGCCAGCUGCUGGCCGAGAGGCAGAAACGCAUCGAGGAGCAGAAGGAGCAGCGGCGGCGGCUGGAGGAGCAACAGCGUCGCGAGCGAGACCUGAGGAAGCAGCAGGAGCGAGAGCAGCGGCGGCGGUACGAAGAGAUGGAGCAGCUCCGCCGGGACGAGGAGAGGAGGCACGCGGAGCGGGAGCAGGAGUACAUCCGUCGACAGCUGGAGGAGGAGCAGAGGCAGCUGGAGAUCCUGCAGCAGCAGCUCCUGCAGGAGCAGGCUCUACUGCUGGAGUACAAGCGGAAGCAGAUCGAGGAGCAGCGGCAGGCCGAGCGGCUGCAGCGGCAGCUGCAGCAGGAGCGAGCGUACCUGGUGUCGCUGCAGCAGCAGCAGCAGCAGGAGCCGCCGCGGCCGCCGCAGGACAAGAAGCAGCUGUACCACUACAAGGACCAGGCGCCCAGCACCAACGACAAGCCCGCCUGGGCCAAAGAGGUGAUGCGUCGAGCUCAGAGCAACUCGCCGCGCGUCCCCCCCAAGAAAUACCACUCGUUCAGGGAGACGCGGCAAUUCAACCUCGACAACCUCCUCCUGCUGCCCGGUUACAAGCCACACCUCCGCCGGCGGCGCCGCCCCCCCUCCUACCCCGCCCACGUCAGUCCCGCCAGGGAUCACCCCUACGUGCCCCGUGUCCGUGUCACCUGCGUCCCUGAACGCACCUCAGCUCUGGUGAUGCGCCGGCAGAGUCCAGACUCCAGGGACCACAGCCCCGACGCCAGGGGGCGGAGCCCCGACCGGCGGCAUAAAGUCUCAAACCGGAUCUCGGACCCGUCGCUGCCGCCGCGCUCCGAGUCGUUCAGCAGCGGAGGCAUCCAGCAGGCCCGGACCCCGCCCAUGCACCGCUCCGUCGAACCACAGAUGGCCCACCUGGUGCAGGUGAAGAGUCACGGCCUGUCGGGCUCCCAGUCUCUGUACGACCCCCACGGCGUGUCCUCCUCCACCUCGGCGUCGCCCUCCCCCUCCCGGCCUCCCAUGCCCCGGCAGAACUCCGACCCCACCUCCGACACCCCUCCUCCCCCGCCCCUGUCCCGCCUGGCGCCCCCCCUCGACAAGCUGGACCGCAGCUCCUGGCUGCGGCAGGAUGACGACAUGCCGCCCAAGGUUCCUCAGAGGACGACCUCCAUCUCUCCUGCAUUAGUCCGGAAGAACUCUCCAGGAAACGGACCGGGCCUCGGCCCUCGGGCCGGAGCGCACCUCAUACGGGCCAGCAACCCCGACCUGCGGAGGAUCGACGUUUCCAUGGAUACACCCCUGAAGAGGACGAGCAGCGGCAGCUCGUCCAGCUCCAGCACCCCGAGCUCCCAGGGAGGCUCCAACGAGCGAGGUAAUUCAUCCACCAAGACCGAAGGCUCCAUGCUUUCAACCCAUGAGACCAAAGACGACAGCAGGGAGGUGACGCGACCCAGCCGGCCUGCAGACCUGACGGCUCUGGCCAAAGAGCUGAGGGAGCUGCGACAGGGGGAGGAGACCAGCCGCCCGCCCGUCAAAGUGACGGACUACUCGUCGUCCAGCGAUGAGUCGCACAGCAGCGAGGACGAGGAGGGAGAGGGCGGGGCCAGUGACGGAACGGUGGCGGUCAGCGACAUACCGCGCAUCAUGCCGGCAGCGAGUCAAGGCCCGAACGAUCCCUUUGGCUUGGGGGGAGGUCACAACGACUCCCUAGGCGACUCGUACGGAAACAGCUCCCAGGACAACACCCUGAUGAUGCGUGAGAAACACGGGGAACGGAGGCGGAGCUCUACCGCCAGCAAUGGUUUCCUCGGCAACUCUAAUCUGUUCCCUGGCAACGCCAAUCUCCCCGAUUUGGUGCAGCAAAGCGCCUCCCCCCUGGUCUCCCCUGGCGACGCCUCUGGGGCCCAAUAUGCCAUGGGAAGCGGCGGCGGCUCCAAGGCGUCCUUCACCCCGUUCGUCGACCCGCGGGUCUACGGAACCUCCCCGACCGACGACGACGACGACACCUCCGCCUCAGCGCUGUUUGCCGACGAGCUGCUGAAGCAGGAGCAGGAGCAGUUGAGGCUGAACGAGGCCAGAAAGAUCUCCGUGGUCAACGUCAACCCCACCAACAUCCGGCCGCACAGCGACACGCCCGAAAUCCGCAAAUACAAGAAACGCUUCAACUCGGAGAUCCUCUGCGCAGCCCUCUGGGGAGUGAACCUGCUGGUGGGGACGGAGAACGGCCUGAUGCUGCUGGACCGGAGCGGUCAGGGCAAAGUUUACAACCUGAUCAACCGACGGCGCUUCCAGCAGAUGGAGGUCCUGGAGGGACUCAACGUCCUGGUCACCAUCUCAGGCAAGAAGAACAAGCUGCGUGUUUACUACCUGUCCUGGCUCAGGAACCGGAUACUACACAAUGACCCUGAAGUGGAGAAGAAGCAGGGCUGGAUCACCGUGGGAGAGCUGGAGGGCUGUGUGCACUACAAAGUCGUGAAGUACGAGAGGAUUAAAUUCCUGGUGAUUGCCCUGAAGAACGCCGUCGAGAUCUACGCCUGGGCGCCUAAACCGUACCACAAGUUCAUGGCCUUCAAGUCGUUCACGGAGCUGCAGCAUCGCCCCCUGCUGGUCGACCUGACUGUGGAGGAGGGACAGAGGCUGAAGGUCAUCUACGGCUCCAGUGUGGGCUUCCACGUCAUCGAUGUGGACUCUGGCAACCCCUACGACAUCUACAUCCCUUCACAUAUUCAGGGUCAGGUGACCCCGCACGCCAUCGUGGUUCUGCCCAGGACGGACGGCAUGGAGAUGCUGCUGUGCUACGAGGACGAGGGCGUCUACGUCAACACCUACGGACGCAUCACCAAAGACGUGGUGCUGCAGUGGGGCGAGAUGCCCACCUCCGUCGCCUACAUCCACUCCAACCAGAUCAUGGGCUGGGGAGAGAAGGCCAUUGAGAUCCGCUCCGUGGAGACGGGACACCUCGAUGGAGUUUUCAUGCACAAGCGAGCUCAGCGACUGAAGUUCCUCUCGGAGAGGAACGACAAGGUUUUCUUUGCCUCUGUGCGUUCAGGAGGCAGCAGCCAAGUCUUCUUCAUGACCCUCAACAGAAGCUCCAUGAUGAACUGGUAACCCCCUCCUCCUCUUCCUCGUCCUCGUCUUCACUCUGACCACCGGCCACCACCACCAGGAGAGAGGGACGGAGGGAUGUGUGUGUGUGUGUGUGUGUGUGUGUGUGUGUGUGUGUGUGUGUGUGUGUGUGUGUGUGUGUGUGUGUGUGUGUGUGUGUGUGUGUGUGUGUGUGUGUGUGUGUGUGUGUGUGUGUGUGUGUGUGUGUGUGCGUGUGUGUGUGUGGAGGAUAAACAACGAGCUGCUGAACCGACGAUUGUGCAACUACAGGGAGCGUUGACCCACAGGAGUGCGGACGCCUUCACCUUCCUCUGUGGACUGCUCCAUCCGGACGGCGGUUGCUUCUGAGAAGGACAGUGACGACCGUGACGAGUAGCCUUUGACCUUCCCCACGUGCGAGUGGCCUGUGGGAGAAGUUCUUCUGUGUAGCACAUCAACGAUCCUCUCACAGGGCGUUCACACUGCGAGUAUUGAAUCAGACGUCUUCUGCUGCGCUGUCGCAGUGAAUGAGAAUUAGUUUCCUUGGUAGCAGGGGUGAACAAAAAGACUUCCUGGUCCUAAUAGUGGAUGCAACUGUUUUUUUUUAAGUAAAAUUACUUUGGAGGCAACUCAAGAGUAAAUCCACACUAAGCCGGAUGAAGUGGGGGGGCGGGUUACGAUUCGGCCUCGUCUCCGCACUGAGCUGAACUGUGUUGUUCCUCGGCCACUGGACAACAUACGGGGAGAAAAGUCAAGUGUGACGACAUCGAGACGACAAGCGAAGGUUCGUCUACACUGGGGGACUUGUCGGGGGGGGGGGGGGCUGAGCCGCACAAGGUUUUGACAAUCGCGCGAGAGAACCGGGGUGAAAAUCAAACCGCCGUGUGACACAUCCGAAAACACACACGUGACGCAACCGAUCGACGCGCGGAAUGAAAUUUACAAGAAAACGCGCCGGACCAAUGUCACUGCUCAGUAAAAUGAGAACCGACGACUCCACCGUCGCCACUUCCUCGCUGAUUUUCCCUCGUUCAUGACAUCUUCAGAUCGACUCCUAACCUCACCUGGUUUAGUGUGGAAACAAAACUACUCUGAGCCUGAAGCCAAAUGUUGAACUCAGAUAAUAAUAUCGCUCAUUGUCGUCGUCGUCUUCUGAAACACGUCUUGAACGACAGGUCGACUGAAACUCAGCGGAUGUUUUUCUGGACUAACAUCUUGUAGCAAAAAACCCUUUUGAAAUGGCUUCUCUUUUUCGCCGUCGGAUGUUUUUUCGUCGUGAAGCAAAAAAGAACAAAACAAAAAAACGCCCGAUUGCAGCGGAAAUUCACCGACCAUGAAAAGAGGCCGCUGGUCGUCGCCCUGCCGUCGAUGACAGUCGUGACCCGCCGUGUCCCCGUGACGGCGGCGUCUGAAGGCACAUCCUCGACGCGGCUGCUGAAACUCCGUCUGUGUCGCUUCCACGUUGAAAAGGAAAAGGCGCCGUUUGGCGUCACGGGGGGGAAAACGAGUCCGCCGUGGCGACAGGCGUCCUGGGAUAUUUCUGUUUCGGGGGGAAGGAAGAUUGUAGAUAUUUGUAUUAUUGCUGCAACAGCAACACGAUAACAAAACAAAACGAUUCUCAAAGGAAGAACUUGACCGUAGAGUAGAUGCCAACUUCUGGGACUUUUUACUUUUGCUGCUGCUCUUUGUCCUCCACCUCCUCCUGCUGUCUGUGCACUGCACUCGUGUAAAUACUCACUUCAAUGUUUCAGGACAGACUUUCACAAAACAGGUGGAGGGAAGAAAAGAAAAAAGACAGUCUUGCUUCUUAUCUUUCUUUCUUUUUCCCACCAGACCUCCUGUGAAUCUGUCCGUCCUGUAGUUUCUGACCGGUCGACGGCGACUUACACAAAUGUUUAACUUUGGCUUGUGACAGGUCACUCUUUCUUUUUCUUUUUAACUCUGUCGUCCAUCGCCGUCUACUUAGUUGUACGUUUUGCAUGGUGACAUAGGCCUUUUUUACCUGUCGUCACUUGUUAGGAAUUGUAAGUUUAAGGCAAUACACUGGCAGGUCUGACUGUAGAAGCUGGACGGGGGAGAGACAACACUUUUUGAAAUGAAUAACCUUGCUUAGCACCUGGGCUUUAAUCUUGUAAGAAACACACUGGAUUACUUCCCAUUUUCCAUUGAAUUUUAUAUUAUAACCUCUUUUCCUCUUUUUUUUUCUUAUAAAGAGCGAGCGGGACUACGGAUGCCAUUCGCUAUUUUUUGGCGCGGGGGGUUUGACGAUGGUCUGUGAACGCUUCUGUUGGUGGGGUUGGCGACGAGAGAGAAAACAGUUUGUCUCUUGCUUGAUAUGUUUUAAAUUUUUCAUCCAUCUCAAAGGAUGCGAUUGGCCAGCUGAAGCCUUUUACAUGUGCAGGAUGUUAAACCAAUCAACACCCUGUGAAUAAAGGUCAGGAGGCGGAGGCAGUUUGAGAAACCACAGACUAAAAAAAGUAUAUAUAUAUAUAUAUAUAUAUACUGUAUAUAUAUAUACUGUAAGAAUUUUCGUUCUGAUGAUAUCUUACUAAUCAUUUUAGAGAAAGACAAAAAAAUACUGUUCACUUAUUAAAGCUUAGUUGUCUUUCUACAGAAUAGAGAACAUAGCUAUAAGAAUUUCUAAAAAAAAAAAAAAUACAAUGUUUUUAUCGUGGUUUUAUUUGUAUUUGUAUUUCAAUUUUUGUAUCAAGACUGUGAACGUAUGUACGGCGGUCAGCCUGUGAGCGCGCGUGUGUGUGUAGGCAAGCAGGAUCUGUGUGUGUGUGUGUGUGUGUGUGUGUGUGUGUGUGUGGGCACAUGUGCGUGGCAUGCGUGUGAGUGUAUGUUUUCACCUCGUCUGAAUCACCUGAAUCCGUCAAAAAGACAACCUCGGUCUUGGUAACACACAUCUGUGAUGUUGGAAAAUUGUACAAUAAAUGUCCUCUCCCUGUACAGCA